AGAGGCCCACGAACGCCGCUUCAGUGCAGCCUGCGCCAUCGUCGUCCUCCUCCUCCUUUCCUCUCUUCUCGCAACCCUUCCUCCUCCUCUCGCUCGCUCGCCGGAGGCGAUGACGGCGGAGGCGGACGACCCGACGGCGGCGGAGACGCUGGAGAAGUUCCGCCUCUACGAGACGCGCGCGAGGUUCUACCUGAUCGGGACGUCGCGGGAGAAGCGGUGGUUCCAGGUGCUCAAGAUCGACCGCUCCGAGCGCUCCGAGCUCAACAUCAGCGAGGACCCCGUCUGGUACUCCCAGCAGGAGGUCAAGAACCUCCUCCAGCGCAUCUCCGAGGGCAACCGCUCCACUGGCGGCCUCACCUUCGUCACCAAGGCCUAUGGCAUCGCUGGUUGCAUCAAGUUCUUGGAGUCAUAUUAUCUGAUUUUGGUCACCAAGCGCUGCCAAAUUGGUUGCAUUUGUGGGCAUCCUAUUUACUGUAUAGAUGAGAGCCAGAUGAUAACCAUUCCACACUCAUCUGUGCAGACAGAUGUUGCAACCUCUAAGAAUGAGCUAAGGUACAAGAAACUUUUGGCUAGUGUUGAUCUCACCAAGGAUUUCUUCUAUAGCUACACAUACCCCAUUAUGCAGAGCCUGCAGCAGAAUGUUACUUCUGCAGGGAUGAAGGAAAUGCCUUAUGAAAAUUUAUUUGUCUGGAAUACUUUCCUGACACAGCCGAUUCGGUCAAGGUGCCGCAAUACUCUCUGGACAGUAGCGCUGGUCCAUGGGCAUUUCAAGCAGGUCAAGCUAUCAAUAUUUGGCAGGGAGCUAAAUGUUGUUCUCAUUUCUAGAAGAUCACGGCAUUUUGCAGGGACACGGUAUUUGAAAAGAGGCGUGAAUGACCAUGGAAAAGUUGCUAACGAUGUUGAAACUGAGCAAAUAGUCUUUGAGGAGGAAGCUGGUUCCUGGAAGGGAAGAAUGAGUGCAGUAGUACAGAUGCGGGGAUCGAUCCCUCUCUUUUGGUCGCAGGAGGCUGGCCGACUUAGUCCUAAGCCUGAUAUUAUUGUGCAGAGAUAUGAUCCUACAUAUGAAGCAACUAAGUUACAUUUUGAUGAUGUCGCUCAGCGCUAUGGGCAUCCUAUCAUAAUACUUAAUUUAACAAAGACUUUUGAGAAAAGGCCCCGAGAGAUGAUGCUCAGGCGUGAAUAUUUUAACGCAGUUGGAUAUCUUAAUCAAAAUGUCCCAGAGGAGAAGAAAUUGAGAUUCAUCCACUGGGAUUUCCAUAAAUUUGCAAAAAGUAAGUCUGCAAAUGUUCUGGGUGUUUUAGGAGGUGUUGCUAGUGAAGCACUGGAUCUCACUGGAUUUUACUACAGUGGAAAGCCAAAAGUUCAAAAGAAAAGGUCAACUCAGCUUAGUAGAACUACCACCGCAAGGGAUGGUUCCAUUGAUAUAAGAGCUAGUUCUGGAGACCUUUCAAGGCUUUCGAGUAAUGCAGAUUCACUUGGUCCCACUGCUUCUCAAGAUAUAAGAAAAGAUGACAGCAAACAAGAACUUCUUGGUGAUGGUCCUUGUUAUCAAACUGGAGUUCUUCGUACAAAUUGCAUGGAUUGCCUGGAUCGUACAAACGUUGCUCAGUAUGCUUACGGCCUUGCUGCUUUGGGAAGGCAGCUUCAUGCAAUGGGAGCGACUAAUGUUUCAAAAAUCCACCCAGAUAGCAGCAUUGCUUCAGCUUUAAUGGAUUUGUACCAGAGCAUGGGUGAUGCACUUGCUCAUCAAUAUGGAGGCUCAGCAGCACAUAACACAGUUUUCCCUGAGAGGCAAGGGAAGUGGAAGGCUACCACUCAGUCUCGGGAGUUCCUCAAAUCAAUUAGACGGUAUUACAGCAAUGCCUAUACUGAUGGUGAGAAACAAGAUGCCAUAAAUCUAUUUUUGGGUUAUUUCCAACCUCAAGAUGGAAAGCCUGCUCUCUGGGAAUUAGACUCUGAUUACUAUCUUCAUGUGACAACAUAUGGCGAUGAUCUUAUAUCUGAUAGCUACCAUAUGACCUCCUCAACUGGAAAUAGUGCACCUGGGGAAUCUGGAGCUGCAUUGAGCCCUGGAGCCACAUUGAGCCCUGUUCCAGCAUGUAAGGAGGACUUCUCAAGGAUGAAACUUACUUCAUUUGACAAACUUAUUGAAAGGACUUGCAGUUCAAUAAGGAACGUGCGGCUUCACUGUGAUGCUGAUCUGAAACAGAGCGGAACUGUUGGAACUUCUGGAAUGGCCCCAGAUGCAGUGGAGAUACAGCUUAGAACCCCAAACUGGUUGUUUGGUCAAAGAAAACACGCAGAGACUGUCCCAACAGUAAAAGUUAUUCCAGUGGAAAAUGCAAAUGAGGGUAACGGGGAGGACACGAAUGUUUCUCUAUGUGGGGAAUUGAAUUGGCUUUCGUCAGCAGAUACAUGCGAGGAGGACAAUUUCAGAAGGUAUCUUGCAUUCACAACAGCGGACGUAGAGAAUGGCUGGUAUGGUGGAACACUGAUAUAUGAUCAAGAUGAAAACAGCGGGGCUUAUAAACAUUACUCUGAAUUUUGCCAGGGCUCAGUCAUGGAUCCCCUCGAGCACGAUCCCGAGAAAGAAAUGCAUUAUGCGGAGGCCCUCAGCGUGGAUAUUGACAUCACUGAUGAUGCAACGGUAGAAGCAGAAAUGCAAGCUGCCCUGGACGAUUACCAGAUAAUAGGUUCAGACCUCAGCAUUAUUCCAUCUUGUGGAUCGCUCGCUGAAGAUCCAAGCCAGCUGACGAGGUGGAUCAUUGGUGAUGAUAAACUGCAAGUCGCACAGUAGCCCUUUUCUUUUUUUUGCCAAAGGGCUGUACAGAUUUCUACAGCAGCCUUGUCAUUCAUAAACCAGUUGCGUAGAUACGAAGCUCUUACCAUACAAAAGAGCUACCCCAGCCGGUGUUUUUAUCCAUUUUGCUGGGAGCAACCAUGCAUGCAAAUAAACAUUGCUGGAGGCAAGGUUAGCUUUAUUUGUACAUAUAGGAUUGGAGAGCAUAAACAUGGAGGGAUAGCACUACUUGGGAGUAUUAAGUGUAUGAAGCAGAUCAAAGCUGUAUUUUUUUUUGUUGAAUAAACUGUAUGUGUGUAGUCUUCAUUUGUUAAGAUUUCUGGCCUGUAUUUUCUUGGGUUGGAAAAAUGAAAUGCAUUCACAAGUGGAGUGGUUAGUUAUAGUUAA